GAGAGCGCAGAUGAGCCCCAGCCGGGUCCUCUUUCAAACAUACACACGCUGAUACACAUGCAACGCUCCACGUCCCACACACACAUAAAUGCCAGGUCACUCAUACACAUGCAACCCAAUAACGAGAGCACCGUCAGUCCGAGCUGCAUGCCGCUGUCGGUGGCAGAGCUAACCGCUUCACCGAGACACAGCGCCGGGAUCCCGCGGUGAGAGGAGUCGCUGCUGCUGCUGCUGCUGCUGCAUUCCUCCCACAAAGAGGAGCGGAGAGGGACCUCAUUUGGGGGGCGGUAGAUAAUUCAACAGCAGUGCUGGGAGGAGAGGAAGGUGAGUGAAUGCAGUCCAGUACUACAGCUGCUGUUGCUGGAAGAAUAAGAAGAGGAAGAAGCUCAGUGUUGGAGGAGCAACAUCAUCCUGCACUCAGACUCAGACAGAGCAGACGGCCAACAGUGAUCUAAGCACCUCCAGGCUUUCCGAUGGAAGGAGAGCUGUGCAAGAUCUAGUCCUGGGUCACUCUGGUGUCGUGUCUAUGGGAGUCUGCAGGCCAGGCAAACAUCCCCGACAACUAAAGUCACCUCCACAGAGUACAGUGUCUGGCCCAGUGAUUCAGCCCCGGACAGGAGCAGGAGGAAGCCGUGGAAAGGAGGGCCAUGGGGGUGAGUCUGGGCCAGGAUGUAGGCUGGCUCCUGCCUUUCCUGUUCUUGCUUCUCAUGAUCACAGUGUCACCCAGCCAUGCUCAAGGAUGUCCCCAGCGUUGUGAUUGCAUUGCGAAACUCAAGACUGUGUCCUGUUUCGGUAAACGCCUUUCCUCACUGCCAGAUGGCAUCCCAGGGGACACCAAGACCCUGGACCUCACCGGGAAUAAACUUCGCUGGGUGGAGCAUGGUGACCUGCUCCCAUUUACACGUCUUGAAAAGCUGGACCUGAGUGAGAACAUGAUCAGUGUCCUCGAACCGAAUGCUUUUUCUAGUCUCCAGAACCUCCAGUCACUUUCACUGAGGAGCAACCAACUGAAGCUGGUCCCCAUGGGGGCUUUCUCACGUCUCUCCAACCUGACUUCAUUGGACCUCAGUGGGAAUAAGAUUGUAAUUCUUUUGGACUUUACUUUCCAAGAUUUGAAGAGUCUGACAAAUCUGGAAGUUGGAGACAAUGAUUUAGUUUAUAUUUCCAACAAGGCCUUCCUGGGUCUAGUGGGGCUGAAGGAGUUAACCAUUGAGCGGUGCAACCUGACGUCUGUGUCCAGCCAGUCUUUGUCCUACCUGCAAAACCUGGUGACUCUGCGUCUGCGCUACCUCAGCAUCUCCAGCUUAGAGGACCAGAACUUCCGUAAACUGGGAAACCUGAAGGGCCUUGAGAUCGAUCACUGGCCCUUCUUGGAGCACAUUGCCCCUCACAGCCUGCAGGGUCUCAACUUAUCUUGGCUGUCUAUAACUCACACUAAUAUAACCACUGUGCCCACCUCCGCCCUACGCAGUCUGGCACAUCUCACCAGCCUCAACCUCUCCCACAACCCCAUCUCUGUGCUGGAGUCCUGGGCGCUGCGGGACCUUAUUAGGCUGAAGGAGCUGCAUCUAGUAAACACAAAUCUGGUGGUGGUGCAGCCAUAUGCGCUUGGUGGUCUUAGGUCCAUCCGUCUUCUUAACUUCUCCAAUAACGGCCUGGUGUCCCUGGAAGAGGGAGCCUUUCAGUCCGUCAACACUCUGGAGACGCUGCGUUUGGACGGGAACCCUCUGGCCUGCGACUGCCGCUUGCUAUGGAUCCUCCAGCGCAGGAAGACCCUUAAUUUUGACGGCGCCUCCCCAGUGUGCAUGUCACCCGUGGAGGUGCAGGGACGGGCGCUUAACGCUUUUUCCGACUCAGCUCUCUUUGAUCACUUUACCUGCCAGAAGCCCAAAAUCCGCAACAGGAAACUGCAGCAGGUUACUGCCCGUGAGGGACAGGUGGUGUCUUUCAUUUGCAAAGCAGAAGGUGAGCCGGCACCGAUGAUAUUCUGGAUCUCUCCUCAACGCCGCCGCAUCACCACAAAGAGCAGUGGCCGCCUCACAGUGUUACGAGAGGGCACUUUAGAAAUACGAUACGCACAGGUGACAGACAGUGGGACCUACAUCUGCAUAGCUAGCAAUGCUGGUGGCAAUGACACCUAUUUUGCCACACUUACAGUCAGUGGGCUGCCUCUAGAUGCAGCUCUUAUGGCCAACCGCACGUAUUAUGCUGGAGACCUUAAUGACACAAAUCUGAAUGACACCAGAGUCUUCUUGAAGUUUACUUUGGACCUACAGACCAUCCUCAUAUCCACGGCUAUGGGCUGUAUCAUGUUCCUGGGGGUGGUUCUGUUCUGUUUCAUUCUGCUCUUUGUGUGGAGUCGAGGCAGAGGGCAGCACAAGAACAAUUUCUCAGUGGAGUAUUCCUUCAGAAAGGUGGAUGGACCCGCUGCCAGUGGAGGGCAGGGUGGGGCACGCAAGUUCAACAUGAAAAUGAUUUGAUUAUUCUGGACUGUUUCUCUCAUUAGUGUUGUUUACAAGCAGUUUCAAGCUGAAGGGACAAUAAACUGGAUUAGACUUUGUGCUUGAAAAUCAUUUAAUACUGUUAUUUAUAGGACAUUUUAUUGAGGAAAAGGUUUGUUACCAAAACUACUGUAUACACAGUAUGAGAUCAAGAAAAUCUGCAUGGAUUUGAUACGUGUAUUUCUAUUGCUUAGUUGUGCGUUGUCAUUUAUUUGCAGAAGAAACCUGGAUCAUUAAUGUGUAAAAGAUGUCUCGAAUAGACUGUUAAAAGGAACAAAAUCAGUCCCACCAGUUUUUAACCUCGACAAAUCUCUUGCCAACUCCAUCCUCCUGCCCUACAAGGAACUCUGUCCCCUUCAUCUCGCUGCUCCAUCUGAGGUGAUGCAAGGUCUCCAAACUCAUGAAUACAUUAUAACAAGGUGGUGCUCAAUGAAUGCCAAUAACUUGCCAAUAUGUAUUUGAAUAGUUCCAGCUAUAUACUGCAUAUUUAGACGUAUUUACAGUCAGGACUUUAGAGCACUUUUGUCACAUAAAUACAAAAGCGCUUAUUUUUUGCUGAUGCUAGGUUUGUAUAGAUUACAUUAUAAUCUGCAACACUGCCAAUUUGACUGGAAAAACACCAUAAAAUGUGGUAAAGGGAAGUGACUUCUCAUUGGAUACCACUAAACGUUGGUCCAAGCCGUUUUAAUCACAGACAGCACUCUGCCGGUUAGGUUUUCAAUUGUUUAUUCAGUACACUGUUCUGUCCUCCUGGUAUAAAAAAAAACGUUUGUAAAAGAAAAACGCAUGUACAGAGUUGGCUUCUUACUUUGUGUAUCAUUUGUAUAUUUAAGACUUGUUGGGAUGCGUUCAUCCCUAAGCUGAGUUGUAUAGGUAGAAUACAUAUAUAUAUACUGUAUAGGAUGUAUUAUAUGUUUUGUUAUCAUUGAUAUACUUGUGAUUGUUUAGUACUGUGAUCAAACCGAUGUUUCAAUUCUACUGUAAUUCUACCGUUAAAAUAUCUUUUUGACGUCAUUGAUGUCGAAUCCACCUUAUCAUGUCCUCAAAUCCCUGAGCUCACAGAAAAAAUCAUGAAGGGCGUUUACAUCAAUUUUCCGCUCACUUGUCUAUUUUUGGUUGUAGAUGACAGUGGGGAACCAGAAUGACCAGUGAGAUGUUAAGUGGGUUCUCUUCAGGACUUUCAGUCACGCAAGCGUACAAUUAAAAUACAAUGAAGGUCAUAAUGUAACAGAGGGAGGAGAGCUAGAGAAGGUGACAUCGCUUCAAUAAAACAAAGGGCUGGAUGGUAACUUGUAACAACAUCCUGAUAAACUGCAAAGCAUUUUGUAAAAGUAACAAUGGUUAUGUAGAUGAUUCCAAACUGUUUCAAAUAUAUUGAUUAAAAUAAUACAAAGAAUGUAAAUCAGUGUAUUUUGUUCCUUAGGAUUAAUAGUUAGUCCUGGCACGUAUAGUACAGUUCAGUAGGCCUACAUGUGUCAGUGUUGGGCCUUGCAAAGCAAUUUGUGGUAGUUUCAAUACUUUAUGAAAGGCAGGAACUGGGAGUAAUGCAGUGUCCUUCAUAGUUCAGACAAAGCUUAGUGAGAGUGAGCACAAUGAGUUCCUGUUAAUAUUCUCACCUCAAAUAAUAUCUCGGUCGGAGUUAGGAACAAAUAUUCUGCAGCUGUAACAGCGUUACUCUGCUGCCCUCUGUUGCUCAGAGACAGUACUGAAGUCUACACUUUUAAUGGAAUUUGACCUACAGUACCUACCCAGCAGUAUUUAAAAAAUAAAUUGAUUCCUUCCUUGGCCUAUGCUCUUUCACUAAGUUUCAUGAAAGUCUGGCAGGUAUAUUUUCCGUAGUCUUGCUGACAAACACACAAACAAACCUAAAACAAUAUUUGUUCUUACACAUGCAACGCACAACAAUUUUAACAGAUUAAAUUCACAAUAUGGACAUAAAGGUGGGGUAGGUAAUUUUGGAGAAACCAGCUCGAGUGCGCUAGAAUUUAAAAAUACACAGCCGGAAAAAAUCUGCCACUUCGUUACAGAGCCCCUCCUCCAACAUAUACGAACGCGCCGAACGCGCACAUCAACAAUGAGGGCACAAGAUAAAUUUGUGAACAGAUGGAAGGCUGACAGGCAGGUAGGCCAUCCAGUUACUUUAG